UUCCACAUCCACAGUUCCAAUCUUAUUCCAAAUCGGUGUUCGUUUGAGAAGUUGCAUUUUUCUUUAGUUUUUUACAGAAAUUUACUGUUUUAAAUAGGUAAAGUUUAUCGUGAUUAGCACUCAAUUCGAAGGACCAAAAUGUUAACCUUGAAAGACAGGCAGAUUAAUGCCAUCAAGCAAAUGCUGAACCUGAACCAGCCCCAAACGAAGGCCCUGGCGGCGGAACCCGUGUGGAAGAUUCUGAUUUACGACCGCAUCGGGCAGGACAUUAUUUCGCCGCUGAUUUCCAUCCGGGAGUUGCGAGAGCUUGGCGUUACGUUGCAUAUUCAGUUACAUUCCGAUCGGGACUCGAUUCCGGACGUGCCGGCGAUCUACUUCUGUGCCCCCACGGAGGAGAACCUAGGCCGGAUCGCGCAGGACUUCCAGAACGGGCUGUACGACGUGUACCAUUUGAACUUUAUUUCACCGAUUUCAAGACAGCGAUUGGAAGAUUUGGCGGCAGGUGCCCUGCAGGCGGGUUGCGUGGCCAACAUCCACAAGGUGUACGAUCAGUACGUAAACUUUAUCACCCUGGAGGACGAUAUGUUUGUGUUGAAGCAUCAGAACAGCGAUUCGUUGUCGUAUUAUGCGAUCAACCGGGCGAACACGCAGGACUUUGAGAUGGAGGGCAUAAUGGACAGUAUCGUGGAUAGUUUGUUCUCCGUAUUUGUCACCCUCGGGAACGUCCCAAUCAUACGAUGUCCAAAGAACAGUGCCGCCGAAAUGGUCGCACGAAAGUUGGAGAAAAAGUUGCGCGAAAAUCUUUGGGACGCUCGCAACAAUCUGUUCCACAUGGACGCCACCCAAACGGGCACCUUCAGCUUCCAACGCCCGCUGCUGAUCCUCAUGGAUCGCAACGUGGACAUGGCCACGCCCCUACAUCACACGUGGACCUACCAAGCACUAGCCCACGACGUGCUGGAACUGUCCCUCAACCGCGUAAUCGUAGAAGACGACGCCGAAAAGGCCGCCGCCACCGGGGCAAAAUCCAAGAUGAAAGCAUGCGAUCUGGAUUCCCGGGACAAGUUCUGGAGCUCGCACAAGGGAAGUCCCUUCCCGACGGUCGCGGAAGCCAUCCAGGAAGAACUCGAGCAGUACCGGUCGUCCGAGGACGAAAUCAAGAAGCUCCGCACGACGAUGGGCAUCGAGGGCGAAAUGGACGUGGCCUUUUCGAUGGUGAACGACAACACGGCCAAGCUGACGAACGCCGUCAAUUCGCUGCCCCAGCUGAUGGAGAAGAAGCGCCUAAUUGAUAUGCACACGAAAAUAGCCACCAACAUCCUUAACUUUAUCAAGUCCCGGAGGUUGGAUUCAUUCUUCGAGCUGGAGGAGAAAAUUAUGUCCAAACAGGCGCUGGAUCGGGCGCUGGUUGAGGUGAUGAAGGAUCCGGAGUUUGGGACGCCCGAGGACAAGAUGCGACUGUUUAUCAUUUACUACAUCUGCUCGAAUGUGGCCGACGCCGAGUAUCAGCGGUUGGAGCAGGUGCUGAAGGAGUGCGGGUGUGAUCUGGCGCCGAUGCCGUACGUGCAGCGGUGGAAGAGCAUAAUGAAAAGCACGGUGACGAACCCAAACCAGUACGAGGGCAGCGGCACCAAGACGGUUUCGAUGUUCUCCAAGCUGGUCACGCAGGGCUCUUCCUUCGUAAUGGAGGGCGUCAAAAAUUUGGUGGUCAAGCGACAUAACCUUCCCGUGACGAAAAUCACCGAACAGCUGAUGGAGUGCCGGGCGGGCGGAGAACUGGACGACUAUCUCUAUCUCGACCCGAAGCUGUUGAAGGGAGGUGACGUGGUGCCGAAGAACCGGGCCCCGUUCCAGGACGCGAUCGUGUUCAUGGUCGGUGGCGGCAACUACAUCGAGUACCAAAAUCUGGUGGACUUUAUCAAGACGAAGCAGACGGGGAACGCGAGCCGGCGGAUAAUCUACGGCGCGUCCACGCUGACCAACGCGAAGCAGUUCCUGAAGCAGUUGUCGCUGCUGGGGCAGGAAAUUGGCGGGCCAUAAGCAGAGGGGAGGACGGACUAUUACAAGCUUGUUGGCCUGAGUUUUUUUUUUAUAGUUAAUUAUGAUACGAAUGUAAACUUAUGAUUUAGAGGAUGCAAUAAAUAUUCACGCGCUAUUUAAUGUUCGGCAGAGAGGCAUAAAACCUAAAAGCA